CAAUCGAUUCAGCAAUCACAGCAAACCCCCCAAAACCAAUCCAAAGAUGUUCAAAUUCGUCGCCUUCUUCGCCUGCCUGGCUGUGGCCGCCGCUGCCCCCGGUCUGAUUGCCGAGACCCACUCGAUUGUUCAGCCGGCUAUUCUUGCCAAGACCGCCUACGUGGACACCAGCGCCUCCUCGGCCAUCACCCACCAGAGCAACGUGAACCUGGUGCGCAAGGUGCCAGUGGUCUACUCUGCCCCGGUGGUUCAUGCUGCCCCGGUGGUUCACGCUGCACCGGUGGUUCAUGCCGCCCCAGUGGUGCAUGCCGCUCCUCUGGUCAAGACUGUGAUCCCUGUCUCUCCCGUCAUUAAGACUGUGGUGCCCGCAGCUCCUCUGGUCCACACUGUCGUCCCUGCCGCUCCUCUGGUCAAGACAGUCAUCCCAGCUGCUCCCAUCAUCAAGACCGUGAUCCCAGCUGCCCCUCUGGUCCACACUGUCCACAGCGCCCCAGUUGUGUACUCUGCCUACCACAAGUAA